GAAAAUACUGUACACUGAUACUUCCGCAUUAGAUUAAAGUGUCAGAUAAAUUCUGUACACAAGAGAAGCCGCUUGCUGUCUGUCAACUGAGUUAUCCAGCAGUUUCCUGAAGAUGAAGAAAGAACCCUGAGCUAUCCAGGAGUUACCUAAAGAUGAAUACAUCUGUUGCACCACCUGAAGAUAUUGGCUGGAAUGGACUGUAACCGUCCUCCAGGCUAAUGGCACGGUUUCGGCGGAAAUCAUGUUGUGCACUCAUCGCUUUAGCCUUGGCUGUGUUUAUUAUAACAGUCAUCCUGAAGUCUUUAAGCCCUGAAGAUAACAUUUCCAGCAGCCAUUUUGCAUUAAAGCUUAUUCCCCCACCAAAAGAAGACACCAACCUCAUUUUAUCCCCUAAACCUGUGCAGAUGAUACCAGUAGAAAAGGCUGAGAGAAUGGAGAAUGACUCGCAAGAUCUCCCUGAACCAAACUACAAUGUGCAUGCUUUCUACUACGUCUGGUAUGGAAGCCCUCAGUUUGAUGGAAAGUACGUCCACUGGGAUCAUCCACUUUUACCGCAUUGGGACCCCAAAGUGGCCGCAAGUUAUUCAACGGGAAGACACCAGCCUCCUGAGGACAUCGGGGCAAAUUUCUACCCCGCACUGGGUCCGUACAGCUCCAGAGAUCCAGCUGUUUUAGAGGAACACAUGAGACAGCUGAGAAUGGCUGCUGUGGGUGUUCUAGCGGUUUCGUGGUAUCCACGUAGUAUGAAGGAUGACAAUGGAGAAGAAAUUGAUAACCUAUUGCCUUUGAUUUUGGAUGCAGCUGACAAAUAUCAGUUGAAGGUUGUGUUUCAUAUUGAACCAUACAAAGGACGAGACGAUGCAAAUAUGCGUGAAAAUAUUCAGUAUAUUGUGGAUCGCUAUGGAAACCAUGCUGCUUUUUAUAAAUACAAAACAAGCACGGGCAAACUUCUUCCCCUCUACUAUAUAUACGACUCGUACUUACAGACUCCAGAUGUUUGGGCACAACUGCUAAAGCCGAACGGCAUAUCGACGGUCAGAAACACACCAUACGACGGCAUCUUCAUCGCUCUUCUUGUGGAAGAAAGACACAAGAAGGACAUCCUCACUGCAGGAUUUGAUGGACUUUACACUUAUUUUGCAACCAACGGCUUUACAUACGGCUCUUCACAUCAUAACUGGAGAACCAUCAAAACCUUCUGCGACUACAAUGACUUGGUGUUUAUUCCAAGCGUAGGGCCAGGAUAUAUCGACACUAGUAUCCGUCCCUGGAAUGCACAGAAUACAAGAAACCGCAUUAAUGGAAAGUAUUAUGAAACUGCUUUUAAUGCUGCAGUGGAUGCGAGACCACAGAUCAUCUCCAUAACGUCAUUCAAUGAAUGGCAUGAAGGAACGCAGAUUGAAAAGGCCAUCCCCAAAACGUGGGGUAAAACCGUGUAUCUUGACUACCUGCCUCAUAAACCAACCGUUUAUUUGGAGAUAACGCAAAAAUGGGCAAGAAAGUUUAGCGAGGAGCAGAAGAAGUGGCUGGAGUAGUAUUAUUGCUGAUCCUGAAAAACAAUACUUGGGGCUUGUUUUAAUCUGAUUUAUUUUAGGCUUUGGGUGUAUUUUGUUUUACUUACAUGCCUUUUAGCCCUGUAUAUGACAAUCUUACUUGAAUGAACUUUUAAAAUGCUAUUAAUGAUGAUUUGGAAUCUGAGAUAUUCUGGCUGGAUGCUGUAAAUAUAACAAAUCGUGCUUUAUGCUAGGUGUUUUUAAGUAUCCUAUAUUAAAAUGUGUAGAAAAUGAUUA